AUGGGCGUCUGCCUCUCCUGUCUCGGUCUGCGCCGCAAUGACGAAGAUGAAAGUCAGGAUCGCUCUCGUCUUCUCUACGAUGAACUCGGCGCGAAUCACGGCUACGGCACCUGGGGUGCGUCAAACGUGCCAGCGCAAAAUGUCAUGAACCCCGAGGAAGCACGGCGGGAGCAAGAAGCCCUGGACAACAUCACGAGAUGGGCGAGCGACCAAAUUGUCGAGAUCUUCCCACACCAACACAAAAGCCUCAUGACCAUGUCCACGUCUCAGAUCAACGGACACUCCGAGACGGGUGGCCCGUCGUCCUCGUCCCACCACGAUAUCCUCCUCUCCUUGAUCCCUGGAGACAAGUCGAAACGGUCUAUACGGAUCUAUCCCGCGUCGCGCCCGACGUCCAAGGAUGCGCAGUCGCUGCGCAGUAAGAACUCGUUUGGAGGGUUGAAUGGAGCCUCUGUCAAGAGCAAGGACUCCUCGGUACUCGUCACGCUCGAUGUCGAUUUGCCGUAG